AUGGGGACUAGUGCCGAGCAAGCUCCAGUGGCUUCAUCGUCGGACGCGGCGGAGUCUCGCACAGUUUCCGGGGUCGAUGUCGCCGCCGGCUUGGUGGGCAAUGAAGCCCAACAGUACGACGCCGCCAUCGAGCGCCGAGUCGUGCGCAAGAUCGACCUCUAUGUCAUACCCUUUCUCUGGGUCGGCUAUGGCCUCGUGUAUUACGACAAGGCCAUCCUUGGUGGUGCAUCGAUCUUCGGGAUGAUCACCUCCCUCGACCUGCGCGUCGUGGUCGACGCCUCUACGACGCCGCCAAAAACCUCCACGCAACGUCUGUCUUGGGCAUCGAGCCUGUUCUACUUCGGCCUAUUGGCCGGCGUGGUACCCUUGACGUACGCCUUCCAGCGGUUCCAUCUCAGCAGGACUAUUGGCGUUUGUGUGGUUACGUGGGGGCUUGUCUGUAUGGCGACUGCAUUGGUGACCAGCUUUCAUGGCCUGUAUGCUCAGCGCUUCUUUCUUGGGUUCCUGGAGUCUAUGCUUCCUACAGCCUUCAUGGUCAUCGUCUCUUCAUUCUACGCUCAGCGUGAACAGACCUGGAGGCAAUGCCUUUGGUACUCAGCUACUGGAGGAUGGACGGUAAUCGGUGCUUUGUUCAAUUACGCCUUCGCUCAUAUCAACUCCGGCAAUCUCGAGCGCUGGCAGUAUCUCUAUAUCAUGGCCGGUGCAAUCACAGUCCUAUAUGGGUUUCUGUUCUUCGCCUUCCCACAGACGCCGAAUACAGCUUUCUUCCUGAAGGGUGACGAGAAGAUCGUUGCUCUCGAGCGUUUGCGGCGUAGUCAGAUGGGAGUACGUUGCAACACCAUCAAGCGCAGCCAGAUCAUUGACGCCCUUACGGAUCCCAAAGUUUGGCUGAUCGCGCUUAUGAUGGGUCUCGCAUAUACUGUCAACGGAGCGGUCAGUGCCUUUGGGCCAUUGAUUGUGUCAACCUUCGGAUAUGAUCCAUACACAGCCAUCCUGUGGCAAAUGCCCCUCGGUGGUGUAUGUUUCGUCACAAUCCUUCUAUGCGGCUAUCUUUCGCUCCGCAUUCAGAACAUUCGCCUGGUCAUGAUUGUUCUCAACUGUCUUCCAGUCAUCGCUGGCUGCGCCAUGAUCUGGAAAUCAGACUGGAGCGAACAUGCAGCCACACCUCUGGCCGGCUAUACCCUGAUUGGUUUCUUUGCGCCAGUCACGUCCUUGAUUGUGUCGAUGGGAAUGGUCAACGUCGCAGGCAACACGAAGAAGAGCGCAAUGGCGAGUGCAACAUUUGUGAUGUACUGUUUCGGCAACAUCGUCGGGCCGUUCUGGAUUCGCACCCAAGAAGUGGGCGAGCACUACCCCAUGCUGUGGAAGGGCAUAAUUGGUAGCUAUGCUGUGCUGAUCGCCGUGGCCGUGACCUUAUAUAUGAUGCUCAGAAGAGAAAACAGGCGACGGGAGGAGAUGCAACUGGACGAGAAAGAAGGAGAGCGGCAGGCUUUCCAGGACUUGACUGAUCGGGAAAAUCUCUACUUCAGGUACUGUUAUUGA